AUGGGAUUGUUCUGCUCAGGGUUCAGCAUUGGGAUACCAAACCAGGUCCACGUUGGGGAUUUUCAAGCAUUCCAGUGGCAAGUGACCAAUGAAGACGCGUUCAAAAGCGAUACAAACGCGUUCGUUGCAAUGCUGGCUUAUUCCGCCGAGGGUUUCGAAUGUCCUCGUCGGCCAACAGAUCCUGGGGUGGCAGCAGGGCUGUCUAAAGUCAUGGAAAACUUCGCUAUAGCCACACACCGUUCCUAUCCAGACGGCAGUACAGGAAACUUUUUUCUAUCCUUGAGCAACACAGGGCCUCACUUCAUCUGCUCGUACGGAAACGUCCCGGCGAAGAUCCGUAAGGAGUAUGAAGCAAGUCGAGAUGGCAACGUCAGCCUCGACACGAUCCUCGAAUCUCUUGAUUCUGUACUAUAUUUUGGUCAGUCAGACACGUUCAAUGUUUCCCAGAGCACUGGAACGAGCCACACCUCUUCUGUAUCUCAAUCUACAUCGACGGAUGGUGGGAGCCCAGGCGGCUCCGGCACUCAGAACGGAAGAAGUCCUCAGAACCAUGCAACAACCCUAAUUGCCCCACUGGUUGGGGGGAUCUUGGGAGGGACGACUCUUGUUUCCCUUAUUGGAUUCCUAUUCUGUUUCAGAAAUCGGCGAGAUCGGAGUGCUAUUACGCCUUACGAUUUAAGUGAUAUAGAGGUCGGAAAUACACGUGUGUCCACACGUAAAGGGCAACUACGCAUGGGUGCUAGCGCUCAUCCGCCACGCUGGAUUCGUCGUCGUCAGCCAGAGGAGAAAGUCCGGCAAGUGAUAGCAGCCCACCACCACGGAAACUCUUUUUCUCCUCCUGUAGUCCCUCCCGGUCUUUUACCUCCAUCCCCAGGAAUGGUGAAUCCCGUGGCGGCGAAUCCAGUGCCCGAUGAUCACGAAGCACAUGCCAGUCCGGGUGAACGAAGCCCCGAGGAGAUGGACGCUCCUACAGAGCCUCAGUAUCUUGUGAUGCACGCAGAUAGUGGUUGGAGACCCGCAAGUCUACUACCAGGAUCAAAUUAUGUUGACGUCCCCCCAAAUUACGAUCAAGCAACAUAA